AUGGCAACUCCAAGUAAUGAGAAUGUAGGACCAUUCUCUCGUGUAUCAAAUUGGUUUAAGGCAUUGCGUGACAAGUUGAGGUCCAAGGUCAUGGAGUUUCUCAAGGAGGCAAAGAGGCUGGGAAAAGAAGAUCCAAGAAGAGUCAUUCAUUCACUCAAAGUAGGAUUAGCAAUUUGUUUGGUCUCCCUUUUCUACUACUUUGAUCCUAUCUAUGAAGGCUUUGGCAUCUCUGCUAUGUGGGCUGUCAUGACUGUUGUCGUCGUCUUCGAAUUUUCUGUAGGAGCAACACUUGGGAGAGGUGUAAAUAGGAGUGUGGCUACAUUUGUUGCUGGUGGUCUAGCUGUUGGUGCUCAUCGCAUAUCUAGCUUUUGUGGAGAGACAUUCGAACCAUUGGUACUCGGCCUCUUUGUCUUCCUAUUUGCUGCUGUGGUGACAUUCAUGAGAUUUUUUCCCAAAAUGAAGGCAAGAUAUGACUAUGGGCUGCUCAUAUUCAUACUAACAUUUUGUCUGAUAUGUGUGUCGGGUUAUCGAGACGAUGAGGUGUUGGACCAGGCCAACGUCAGGCUAUCAACAAUCCUGAUCGGUGGAGCAACGGCUGUGAUUAUAUGCUGUUGUAUUUGCCCUGUCUGGGCUGGUGAUGAUCUUCAUGAUUUGGUUGCUGUCAACAUUGAAAAGCUUGGAAACUUCCUCGAAGGAUUUGGAGGUGAAUACUUCAAAACAGGGGAUGAAGAAUCCAAGGAUGAGGAUAAAUCAUUUCUCAAAGGAUAUAAAGAGUGUUCUUACUCAAAAAGCACUGAAAGAGUCCCUGAAUGGGAGCCACGUCAAAAGGUUAGAUAUAGGCAUCCAUAACAAUACUUGAAAAUUGGAGCUAUGACUAGGCAGUGUGCUUGCCGAAUUGAAGCUCUCAAUGGCUGCCUUGACUCUCAGAAUCCGAUUGCGGAUAACAUCCUACACGGCGGAGCUCCUCUGGGGAUGGAGAUGGAUCCUGAGUUUGAGCCUUUACCUCUCAGCAUUCGAACUUUUGACCCUGCGACAUACCAUCCGGAGGUACACGUGCUGCCUUCCGAUGGCAUCUGCCAGUUUAGGGGGUUUGCGCGAGGUGCACCGAAGGACCUCUUGCUACGCGAGCCAGAGUCACACUUAUCCCACGACACCUCUGAGGGAGAUUCACAUGCCUUCCGAGGCUACGGGACUAUUGCUACAUGGAGCUGCCUGACGCCGUCCGUCAUAUCGUCGACGAGGCUGGUUUCGGCGUAUUCUGCAUGGGACUAUCACAUCUCACUGCCAGCCGGCCUCUUCUAA